AUGUCCGCGUGGAGAAAAGCCGGUUUGACUUACAACAACUACAUGGCCAUUGCCGCACAAACGGUGCGUUCUGCUUUGAAGACCGAAGCCCAGAGCACCGCCGUUAUUUCCAGAGGCAGAAGCGAGGCUAAGUUUGUCAACUACGAGAACGGCAAAGCCGUCGCCGAGCCUGUGGCUUUGAAGAAGUAA